AUUACGCCAGACUUCCAGAUGAGAAGAUGAGACUAUGAGUGAAGAGUGUCCUGGAGAUUGCAUGCAGUUCUUUUCCUGGGUCAGAACUGGAUUGAUCCGAGAACAAUAAUUAUGAGGCUGACAUGUAUGUUCUCCUUCAUCUUGCUGUUUGGAGCAGCUGGGCUCGUUGUCUUCAUUCACCUGCAGGAUCCAGAAGAAAUAGUUCAUCAGCAGACACCAGGGAUAAAAUAUAACAUGGGAUUCCAGCAACCAAAAAAAGACUGCGUUUCCAGCAAUAAACAGGACAGAAGAUUAAGAAAAAAUACUGCAGACAGAGUAGUAACGGUAAAGCAGAGCGAUUCAUUACACCUAUCUGAAAGUGUGCCCACCAAGCUUCAAAGCACAGACAGAAGGCAAAGCAGCAUAAUGUUUGUGAUGAAGGAUCAACAGAAAGGUGAAGAAAUUAAUUCCAUUAGGCUUCAUAAACGGAGGAGGAAGUUUAUAAUUAAGAAGAGCCCAAUUCUGAUUUCCAUGAACAGCUCCAUUCUCAACCUGCCCACACUUAAAUCUGAGGACAGAAACAAUGAGUGGAAAAGUCUCUAUCAGAUCCAAAGAGAAAGAAAGCGGAUAAUGAGAGAAACUUGUUCUAAAUACAAGAGUAAUAAUAGAAGAAUAAUCACUCCUUAUCAUGUUUCUAGAAUAUUUGUAGAAGAUAAAUAUAGAGUUUUAUACUGUGAAGUACCAAAAGCCGGCUGCUCUAACUGGAAACGUGUGCUCAUGGUUCUUAAUGGGCUGGCUUCUUCCACAAGAGAUAUACAGCACAACACAGUGCACUAUGGAAACUAUUUGAAAAGGCUGGAUGGGUUUGAUCACAAAGGAAUUUAUCAUAGGCUCAACACUUACACGAAGAUGCUUUUUAUUCGCGAACCUUUUGAAAAGCUGGUAUCUGCAUUUCGGGACAAGUUUGAACAUCCAAACAAUUACUACCACCCAGUUUUUGGAAAAGCCAUCAUUUCCAGAUACCGUGUCAAUGCCACCAAAGAAGCAUUAAAGACAGGCUCUGGAGUCAAAUUUAAAGAGUUUAUUCAAUAUCUCCUGGACGUACACAGGCCAGUGGGCAUGGAUAUCCACUGGGAUCAUGUCAAUAGGCUUUGUAGCCCAUGUUUAAUAGACUAUGACUUUGUUGGAAAAUUUGAAAGUAUGGAAGAAGAUGCAAACUUUUUCUUGCACUUAAUUGGUGCUCCACAAAAUUUAACUUUCCCCAAGUUUAAAGAUAGGCACUCCAAUGAAGAAAGAACUACCACUAAAAUUACACAACAGUAUUUUGCAGAGCUUUCUCCUUCUCAACGACAACGAAGCUAUGACUUUUACUAUAUGGAUUAUUUGAUGUUUAACUACUCAAAACCUUUUGAAGAUUUAUAUUGAUUUGAGAGCUGGGACAUUUCCACAGUCAUAUUAGUUGAAUUGCGUAAUAAAUCCAGGUGGCUUCUGUUUAUAUAUACUUGU